UUUGUCGUCUGCUACAAGGCGAUUGAAUAAAGGAGGGUGGAUGCUGGUCGUCUGCGCUAUUUUUUGAAUUUCGAAAUUAUCUUAAGGUGCAAGUAACUUCUUUCUAAAGAACAGACAAAGAUAUAUAAAGAUGUCUACAGCACAGAUGCAGAGAACACAGGAGAAGACCAGUACAUGGUCUGCCAUUUUUCCAAAUGAAACUGUGACAGAACAACAGUCAACUUUAUUUGUGAAGAAGCUUGUUGCUGUAGCUGUGUCCAAUAUUGCCUAUUUACGAGCAAUCUUCCCAGAGCAUUCAUUUGGUGAUAGGUGUUUAGAAGACCUGAACUUGAAGAUACUCAGAGAUGAUAGUUCAUGCCCAGGAGCUUGUCAAGUUAUCAAAUGGGUGAAAGGCUGUUUUGAUGCCAUUGAAAAGAAAUAUCUGAGAAUGCUGAUUAUAGGGAUCUAUGUUGACGCUGAAGAUCCUGAUACUGUAAUCGAGUCGUACACAUUUAAGUUUUCCUACACCAAUGAAGGGGGAGUCGACAUAUACAGGAAUGACAAGAAAAUAUCCAGUGCAUACUCAGCAUCAGAGACAAAGAAAGCAACCAUCAGACUUUUGAGGACAAUUGUAGUGUUGACACAAACAUUAAAGUCAUUACCUGAUGAUGUCAUGAUGACUAUGAAGCUUCUCUACUUCGAUGAUCUUACACCUGGUGAUUAUGAACCUCCAGGUUUCAAGGCUGCACAAACAGAUAGCUUUCAGUUUGAAGAAGAACCUAUGAAUAUAAAAGUUGGAGAUGUCACAACUCCAUUUCACACUAUUAAAAUGAGAAUCAAGACUGACAAAUCACAGUUUGAGAUGAAGGAUGAAGAUGUUGAUGGAAACAAAGAAGAAACAACAGAACCAGAAAUCACCACUAUCAAUGUACAGGAUGACAUUAUUGAUGAUGAAACACAGCAACCAGACGAAGAGGUUUACCAGUUUAAAGAUGAUCUGAUAGAAAUGGAGAAACCACAAAGACAAACAGAGAAUGGUAAAUCACUUGAGGCAGUUGUACCAUCAGAAAGUCCUGAAAUACCAGGUUCUGAUGAAAUGGCUGUUGAUACCACUGGAUCUCAGAGAAGUCAAGAAUCAGAAAUUCCUGAUUUAGGGGUUAGAUGUCCUUGUGGUGUGAAUGAGGAUGAUGGAUUAAUGAUUCUAUGUGCUGUGUGUAAAUAUUGGCAGCAUGGUAUCUGUUUCUUGAUCAAAGAUGAAGAUGAGGCUCCUCAAGCUCAUUUCUGUGAUGUGUGUUCUGAGAUUGACAGUCCAGACAAACAGCCAACUGAUCCUUAUUUGUGCGGUUUAUCAUCUAUAGCUGUUCAGGCCACAUGCUUAUGGAGAAGAACUUUAACGGCUGUACCAGAACUAAGCAGAGUUUUAGCACCGAACUUGGCCAAAAGACUUGGUGUAGAAGUCAGUGUAGCUCAAGGUCUCAUGAACAGACUUGAAAAAGAAGGUUUCUUAAAGAGCAGUGGGAAAAAUAAGAAGCUGGGAAAAACUGUUGACAAGGAGAAAGUGAAAAUAGAUGGUUUCAAGAAAUAUCUUACAAGAAAGCCAACAGAGAAACCUACAAUUGACACAUCAAUGAAUGAAGAGACUGAAGAUGAUGGAGAAUUUAAAAAGCCUCUGCAGAAGAAAGACAUAAACAAAUCUAUAGAACAGCUUUCUGCAAUGACAGAAGAUAUUGAAUUAUCUAGACCUAAGAAAAAAGGAAGAAGGGGUAAAAAACAAAAGGAAAACAAGGAGAAUGUAGAGGUUGAAUCAGCUGUUGUACAUCCCUGCCAAGAAAAUGACACAAAGAAAAGCAGAAAAAGGGCUAUAUCAAAAGUUGAUGAGACUGAGUUUGAUUUAGCUGAUAGCCAGAUGGAUAGUCAAGAUUUCAUGGAGGACAAGAACAGUUCAAAAAAGAAGAAAGCAAGCAUUGUGUCCAAGGCAAUAAUGGUUUAAUAUUGUUGACAAAUGACAAUAUAUGAAUUUAAAUAUGUUAAUUAUGUUUAAUUUACAUUGUUAUAAAAGUGAAAUAUUUUGUAACUAAGUCUGUGGUCUUACAAUGAAUAUCAAAACUGUGUAGAUUGGAGACUUAGCCAUGGUUGUUUAUGGCUGCAUCAAACAUUAUUGCUAAGGUUAAAUAAACUCCCAUAAAAAACACACAUUAUAAUUUCAUUGCCAUCAUCUUAUUCUAUACAAUCAGAAGAAUUUUAUGUUUCUGUUACAAGUGCUUCAUCUUUUUAAAAUAUCUAUGAUUGCUUGAGGGAAAGUAACCAAACAAAUGGGAUUAUCUAUUCCGUAAUGAAGUUCAGUGUCAUUUAGGUCAUGUGUUAUUUACCAUAUCUGUGAUUCAUUAUUUACUAGUUAUCAUCUUGUAUCGGGGAAUUUAUACAAGUUCUGUUAAUUUAUAUUUAUUAAUAAUGUUACUAAUUUGAUUUACUUAGAUUUAAAUGAUGAUUAUUAUAUCUUGUUGAUUCACUGAUUGAGUUUUGAAAGUUGAAAUAAAAAAUUAACAAUUGCCUG